AAACCUUCAUAAAAGAAACUCCACUAAACUUUUCAAUAUGUUAACUUUGGAGACGGGUUUUCAAAUUUUUGUUACCCAUUAUUUCAUUUCUUGCGUUUCUUUUUUUUGGGGGGGUCUGUUUAAUCCCUUCUUCUUUUAAUGUACGUGAUAUGUAUUGCAUCACUUAAACUUGGCUGGCUUCUGUUUCUAGGUUUUCGCGUCUCCUCCCACUAAUCCUGACCGAAUACAGAAGUUUGUUAUCACAGGGCGCUGUAGGAAAGGUAGCACAGCUUCAGCUUCGUUUAGAGAAGUAAUUGGAUUUUUUAAAACUAUUAUUGUUACUCUAAUCGCAUCCACACAGACACACAGUGCAGGGAUGGAUAUAUCGACAGAUCUGAGAUAAGUACAAGAAAUGACGUGUUGUAAACAAAAAAGUGGCAAUGGUACCGUUUCAACAGUAACCAGUGGACUUUUAAUUCAUGGCCAUUUUACUUUUGGAUUGCUAUAUGGCUUUCUCUGCUAAUCACUGAGAAAAUACAUUAUGGAAGGGGGGAAUGAUGUGGAUGUAUCUAACAGUAACAUCAUGCCUCUUUGGAAAAGAAGAUCUGCAAACUAUGCUGGCUCAAGAGAACCCAGUAAACCUAAAGCCAGGCCCCUCAGUUACCAGAUCGACGGGGUCAUGAUGACUGAUUUCCCUGUAGAGGAUAGAUGUGCUUUUACCUUGAAGCAGCCAGCAGAAAAGGUAGUCGCCUCCCCAGGGGGUACAACGGUUCUGAAGCAUGUAAUGAACAAGCCCACCCGGGCAGCUCGUGUGGUUCGCAGCAUAAGCAUUGGGCGUUUAUCCAAUGGAAAGUUUUCUUUCCCUAAGCGGAAAUCACAGGACCAAAAACAAGUGGAUAAACAACCGCCACAGACUUUGGAAAUUAAUAAAAACAGUGACAUCGGGUCUUCCUCUAAUGAGAAAACUCCGUCCCCUGAUAACAAAAGAGAUUUGCAGAGAAGGAUCUCCAGCCCCCCGACGACCCUGACAAAAGAAAGUGACCAGAUUGUUUUUAGCUCAGGUCCAGAAGACUUGCCUGCAAGGACAGCUCAUACACCAUCCAAUAAUAAUGACAUUGCAUUCCAGCAGGCACCUCAGUUUCUUGAAAACGUGGGGAAAACUUCAGCGACUUCCCCGGAUGAAAAAGUAGUACUCCAAAGACAGCUCUCAACUCCCUCACAGAGCUCAGACAAAACCCCAACGGUAAUAUUAAGCACCAACAGCCCUGCAGCCUUAAAGAUAGGAAUGCAACAGGUCAUACCCAAAGCACUGGCUUCAAACGUGAUCAAGAGCAACCAGAAUCUCUUGGACCCCAAUAAGAGAACUCAGCGUUCCCGCAGCACGGUCGAGACCAGCAGCAGCUCUUUUUUCCCUGUGGGAGAUGCUGAGCAGGAGACAGACUCAGAGUUAGACAGCCCUGGGACCCUGAAGCGAGGGCUGAGGACCACUUCCUACCGAAGAGCAGUUGUCAGCGGGAUCGACUUUGAAGGUGCUUCCCCUAAAGGGAAAAAGGAAAAGAGACUGUCGAAUCCCAUCCUGAGAUCUGUGGAGGAGGACAAGGAGAAAGGUUCCAGUUUGGGAAGGGGCAAAAAGACGGGAUUACCUGCGCAGGGAACUUUCGAUAGUGAAGAAGACGCGGUGCUGUAUCAAAACUAUAAGGAAAAAGCUCUGCAUAACGACUCCGAUGAGGAUGCUGAACCCAAGGAGCAAAAAUCUAACGAAAGGGUCGUUGUUCAAUACAAGCCAUUGCGAUCCACUUGGGGUCAGCUGUCUGUGGUCAGAAAGAGUGGAAUAUGUCAACAGUUAAGCCAGGAAGAGAGGAAGAGACAGGAGACCAUUUUUGAAGUGAUUUCAUCAGAGCACUCCUACCUGCACAGUCUCGAGAUUUUGAUUCGGUUGUUUAAGAACUCCAGUGAACUGAACGAAACGAUGACCAAAACUGAAAAUCAUCACCUCUUCUCCAACAUCGCCGAUGUCUAUGAGGCAAGCAAAAAGUUUUUUAAAGAGCUGGAGGACAGGCAUCAGGAGAACAUUGUCAUCGAUGAUGUCAGUGAUAUUGUUGAAAAGCAUGCCAUGUCAACCUUUGACCCCUAUGUGAAGUACUGCUCCAAUGAAGUUUACCAGCAGCGGACACUCCAGAAGCUUUUAACUAAAAACCCUUCCUUUAAGGAAGUCCUGUCUCGAAUCGAGAGCAACCCAGAUUGCAGGAACCUUCCUAUGAUCUCCUUCCUUAUUCUCCCCAUGCAGAGAGUCACUCGCCUGCCUCUUUUAAUGGAUACUAUCUGUCAGAAAACUCCAAAAGACUCACACAAGUAUGAACUCUGCAAAAGCGCAUUUAAGGCUGUCAGUAAGCUGGUCCGUCUGUGUAAUGAAGGAGCCAGGACAAUGGAGAGGACAGAAAUGAUGUACACUAUAAACUCCCAGCUGGAAUUCAAGAUCAAGCCAUUUCCUCUGGUGUCUUCCUCCCGCUGGAUGGUGAAGCGAGGGGAGCUCACUGCCUUCGUGGAAGAAAACGGGAUCUUCCUGAAGCGCACCUCAAGGCAGCAGGUCUACUUCUUCCUGUUUAACGACGUUCUCAUCGUUACUAGAAAGAAAAGUGAGGAAAGUUAUAACGUCAUUGACUAUGCAUUGAGAGACCAGCUUUCUGUGGGCCAGUGUGAGAUUGAGGAGCUCAGCCUAUCCCCUGUGAAGACGACGUCAGGGAUGCUGUACUCGCGACAAGGAUCGGCCAAUCACGUCUUCACACUGGCUUUCACUAGCAACCACUCGGGAGAGAAGGUGACGAUGAUUAUGGGAGCAGAGUUUCUUAAUGAGCGAGCUCGCUGGAUCACAGCGCUGGGAGAAAACAGCAGCGAUAAGCAGAGUAUAGACAGAACAACACUGACCCAGGUGGAGAUUACGAGAACGUACACUGCAAAACAGCCGGAUGAACUUUCACUUCAGGUUGCUGAUGUGGUGCUGGUUUACCAGAAAGUUAACGAUGGGUGGUAUGAAGGAGAACGUCUGAGAGAUGGAGAGAGAGGCUGGUUUCUUUCCGAAUGUGCAAUGGAGAUCACAUGCCAGGCAACGAUUGAGAAGAACAUGGAAAGAAUGGGCCGCCUGCUCGGACUUGAAACGAACGUUUAGGAUUUCUAAAGAAUAUUCCCCCGCCUGCCAACUUGAAUUCCUCGAACAGGACUCUUUCUUACCACUGCCUGUAAUAGAAGUAUGAUGGUUCACCUUGCGUUACUAAAAAUUUAAGGGCAUCCAGCAUCUCUCUGAUGCUGUAAUCAAAAUGUUAGUUUUUUUUCUAACAUUGCACUUCAGGGACUGCUCAUCUCUGAAAGACUUUGUAGCACUUUUUAUAGGUUUUUUUAUAGGUUUUAAAGGGGAUAAAAAAAAAAAAACACUGUAAAAUGCUAUUUUUUUAUGACCAACAGGAACUUUUAAGUAUGAAAUCAAUUUCUGUUUUGUGUGCAAAUAAAUGUAUGUUGUUUAAAAGCAUGUAUAUUUGUCGGUACAGGUACAUAUUGCUAUUGAAAUUGUAAGAAUGUAAUUAUGAUUCAUGGUAAGAUUGAAGAGUCAGGAAAAAUUCAGUAAAGAUGUAUUAUAAAUAUGGUGUAAAAAAUACUUUUGUAAUUUACACACCAGAAGGAUACCAUGUAAAAGUUCACUUUCCCCUGUCCACAAUCCCUUAUCAAAAUGCAUGAUGGAAAAUAAUACAUGACAAAAUGAACUAUGCCUUAAGAAUUUAAUUGCAUGUCUGCAGUGAUUGAAGCUGAUGAAGUUUUAAUAUUUUUUGUUUUCAUUUUACAACUCAGGGAAAUGUAUAGAAUGAUGAUUAGAUCAUGAAACUACUAACAUGUUUCCUUAAUGCUGAUAUUGUUUUUAGAAAUGUUUAAUAGAACAUUUGGGAUCCAUCAUGGAAUAUUUAAAUCUCUGAAAACUUGCCAGUAAAAUGCCUAUGAAAUACAGUAUCUGUAAGCAAAUGUUUCUGUUGCCUGAUUCACAAAUGAAUGGAUUCUAAUAGGGACCUGCAGAUUUACAAAUAACAAAUGUAAUUGCAAAGAACAAAGGGGUUAUUGCGGCUGUUUAAAGACUGUAGAUAAUAAUACAAAUGAAAGUAAAACAAAUAAUAAUAAUAAUUAAAAUUGCCAAGUACAAACUUUCUUUACAAAUA